AUGCCUGAAACAUUCUUGAUUGUUGGAUGUGGUGUCUUUGGACUUUCCACAGCCCUUGAGCUAGCUAAACAAGGUCAUAAAGUUACUGCACUUGAUUUAUACCCAAUCCCUUCAAAAUGGUCAGCAGCCAAUGAUUUGAAUAAGAUUAUAAGAACAGAAUAUUCUGAUAAGUUUUAUGCUCAGCUAGCAGUUGAGGCAUUGAAAUCAUGGGAGAAUGAUCCAUUAUACCAAGAUGUUUAUACGAAAAGUGGAAGAAUUACAUUAUCACCUUCAUCAAUUGAAAAUCAACAUCGACUAAGAUUUGAAGAUCAAGGUUUUGAAAAUUUAAAAGAAUUAGGUGUUGAUGUAUCAGAUAUCAAGCAUUUAACAACUGGUGAGGAGAUUGGCUUAAUGUUCCCAGGUUUUAAAGAUAAUGAAUUGGGUUCUAUUAAUGCUAGAUAUAAUCCAAAUACAGGAUAUGGACAUGCUUCUAAAUCUUUAAUCAAAGUAUAUGAAGAAUCUAAAAGGUUAGGAGUUCAAUUUAUAUUUGGAUCCCAGGGACAUGUGAAGGAAAUCAUCAAUCAAAAUUCAAUUAAAGUCGAAUCUGGUGAAGUAUACACGGUAGAUAAGAUCUUGAUUUCAGCAGGUGCAUCAACAGGUUUUUUAAUCAAUCUUCAAAAUCAAAUAAAGGCAACUGGAUUGUUUGUAACUCAUAUACAAUUAACAUCAGAGGAAUAUGAGAAAUAUAAAUCUAUACCAAUCUUUUUCAGUGCAGAAUUAGGUUAUUUCUUUCCCCCUGAUCCCAUUAAUCAUCAAUUAAAAAUUGCAAUGACGUUCAGUGAUGCCAGAAAUUCAAUACAAGAUCCAUUUGAUUCUUCAAAUAGACAAUCAUUACCAAGAUAUAGAGAAGAAUAUCAAAAUGAUACAUUCCCUAAAGAUGGUGAAUAUCAUGUAAAAUUGUUAUUAAAGAAACUUUUACCUGAAUUACAAAAUCAUGAUUUGAUAAAGAGUAAAGUUUGUUGGAUUAGUGAUACUACAGAUUCAAAUUUCUUAAUUGAUAAAGUUCCAGGAUUGGAAAAUGUAUUUGUAGCUUGUGGUGAUUCUGGUCAUGGUUAUAAAUUCUUACCAAACAUCGGGAAAUAUAUCUCUGGUAUAAUUCAAGGAACUGAAAAAGAUCAAGUCUUGAAAGAUAAAUGGGCAUGGAGAUCUACAAAUGAUUGGUCAAAACAAUUAUCAUCUAGAGCUAAAAGACCUCAAAUAGAUUUAAACAAUUCAAUUAUAGAUUGGUAUAUAGAAAAAUAA